UGGGUGCCUGAGCUCCUGCCGGGCCCGGCUUGCCCCUCGCUCGGUAUCAAGAGGGGCCCUGGCCUGACCUCCCCUGGGGCCAGCACCCAGAGGAGCGGGCCGCGCCUUCGGACGCUCGCCCUGUGGAGGACUGGAGCGGACCGCCUGGACCCCGAGGACUGGAGCGGACCACCUGGACCCCGGUACCCCGAGGACUGGAGCGGACCGCCUGGACCCCGGUACCCCGAGGACUGGAGCGGACCCCCUGCUGCCGAGCCAGCUGAGGAACCGAUGGUCUGGGAAUCCUGGGACGACCCCGGCGAAGGGCAGAUGGACUGGAGAGUCGGGAGCCAGGACAAGGACAUCGGACUGAGAAGAGGCAACUUCAGCCCAUUGCCUGCAGCAGCGUCUGUAGCCUGAGUGUGGCUGAGAAACCAUGGGGUCAGCAGCUGGGGCUGCUGAGAGCGAAGAGCCGCUGCAGCAGGUGCCCUGUAUUGAUUGUAGUGGACACCAGAACGCUGGCAGGGAGCCAGAAUCUCAUCGUUACUACAAGAAAUGUAGAAUUGUGCUCGCAGUCACUGUUGCAGUUGUGUUCUUAGGUCUCAUCAUCGCUGUUGUCCUGGCAGUGUUAUAUGGGUGUUCUUCAGCUGCAUUGGGCCCCGCGUGCCCAGAUGGCUGGGUGGGAUACCAAAGAAAAUGCUACUAUUUCUCUGAGGCCGAAGGGAACUGGAACCACAGCCAGAGACACUGCUCCUCUCUCUGCGCCUCCCUGGCUGCAAUUGACAGUGGGCAGGAAAUGGAUUUCAUGCUGCGCUAUAAAGGCAAAUUUGACCACUGGAUCGGCCUCCGGAGGUACUGGGGGCAGCCCUGGAAAUGGGCCAAUGGCACCAAAUUCAACAACCUGUUUCCGAUAGGAGGAGGAGGUGACUGCGUGUAUCUGAAUGAUCUGGGUGGGGCCAGCAGCUUGCGAUGCACCAGUGAGAGACACUGGAUUUGCACCAAACCCAGUGUGUCUACAGAGGCAAAGGAGGCUGCUGCAGAAGGGGACUGGGCAGAGCACUGUUGAUUCAAGUGAAAAUCAGAAAAGCCAUUUGCAUAUCUUGCUCCCCCCGCCCCACCACCUGUGUUUUCUGCCAGUGAAACUGCUCAAAUCCAGUCUUUCCAAGCU